CGCGCGCGGCCGCCAGACGGAGCGGGCAGCGGCCACGUAGCUGCGCGGCACCGGGAGCGCGCACGGAGGAAGCGGGGGGGGGCUUACCCCGCUCGGUGUAGUGACGUGAGCGGCGGAGGAGGAGGAGACCAGAGGGGGGCUACCGAGGCCAGGAAGGAAAAUAAACGUCCCGGCAGCCAUGGACCGAGGAACCCCGGGAGGGCGGGUAAAGUUUUGUAAAGCGAUCAAGGUUUAGAUGAACCCAUUGAUCUUCAGUGAGUCAUCCACACUCAAGUCCUCCCUGAAAUCCUCUUGGUAAUCUUUGCGGUGAGCAACUAAUUUCUGGAAGUUCAGAAAUGUUGCGUCCGUCAAAUACUCAACCUGACCCAAUGGGGCAGGCAGCCAAUUCCUGCCAAAAAAUGCUUGACAAUCGCCCUCCAGAUGUUUCUGGAAUAGGGAUGGACGACCCAUGUCGGGUUAAUGUUCCUCCUUCAUUUUAUCACAGCGGGAGCCAAGAGCUUGAUUUAUCAAACAAGACAUUCAAAAGAGAAUCUGGGGGCCCAUACCCUGUUCUAAUGGACACUAAGCUACAUCUCCUUGAAUCCGAGCAGCAAACGUACUUUAGGGACAGUAAGCCUACUAAUGAAGUUAGAGCUGUGAAAGGAGAGAGACAGAAUUCUGGGGAGUCUGAGGAGGACGAUGAUGACGACGAAGAGGAUGAUAAUGAGGACGAAGAUGAGGAUGAAGUCAACUAUAAGAGAGAGCAGAUCAUUGUAGAAGUAAACCUUAACAACCAAACCUUGAAUGUCUCCAAAGGGGACAAAGGUGUGCCCAAAGAUCCUUCUCACAUGAAGACCAGCAGUGAUGAGGAUGGAGGUGACUCUGGGGAGGAUGAUCAGGACAGCCAUGAGGAUGAGGAGAAUGAGCCUCACCCAAUGGAAAAUCAGGCUAAUAUGGAACAUCAGAACCAGGACCAAAAAAUUGAAAAUUCAGAGAUGACUGGUGAUGGAAUUGCACCUCCCAACUCUCAAAACCAGCAGGAUAAGAGUGGGGAGGCUCCAAAGCGAAGGAAGAAAUCUCCAAAGGACCCUAAGUCGCCCAAUGAUAAGGGCAAGGGAGACGAGAAGGAGACUCUGACCUGUGAUAAAUGUCCUCGGGUUUUCAACACACGUUGGUAUUUGGAGAAACAUAUGAAUGUCACUCAUCGGCGAAUGCAAAUUUGUGACAAGUGUGGAAAGAAGUUUGUCCUCGAGAGUGAAUUGUCACUUCAUCUACAAACCGAUUGUGAGAAGAACAUACAGUGCAUUACAUGCAACAAGACUUUUAAAAAGCUAUGGUCCCUUCACGAACACAUAAAGAUUGUUCAUGGCUACGCGGAAAAGAAGUUUUCAUGUGAGAUCUGUGAGAAGAAAUUCUACACAAUGGCACAUGUACGCAAGCAUUUGGUCGCUCACACGAAAGACAUGCCUUUCACAUGCGAAACAUGUGGGAAAUCCUUCAAGAGGAGCAUGUCCCUGAAGGUGCAUUCCUUACAGCACUCUGGAGAGAAGCCUUUCAGAUGUGAGAACUGCGAUGAGCGGUUUCAGUACAAGUACCAGCUACGCUCGCACAUGAGUAUUCACAUCGGGCACAAACAAUUUAUGUGCCAGUGGUGUGGCAAGGACUUUAACAUGAAGCAGUACUUUGAUGAGCACAUGAAAACCCACACUGGAGAGAAACCUUUUAUCUGUGAAAUCUGCGGGAAGAGCUUUACCAGCCGUCCCAACAUGAAGCGCCACCGCCGGACCCACACGGGAGAAAAGCCCUACCCAUGUGAUGUGUGUGGCAUGCGAUUUCGUUUUUCCAAUAUGCUGAAAGCACACAAAGAGAAGUGCUUCCGGGUUACCAGCCCAGUGGGUGUUCCCCCUGCCCUGCAGAUCACGCUGACCAAUCCCUCGGCAGGUAUUAACAACCUACCACCAACCCAUGUUCCGCCCAGCAGCCCUACACCUCCACUGAACCUAAAUGCCCUGAGUGCCCUGCCCCCUCGCCCUAUCCCUCAUCCUUUCUCCCACCUUCAUUUGCAUCCGCACUCCCACCCACAUCACUUGGCGGUACCUCCAGUCCCCCAUCUGCCGCCACCGCCUGCUCUCUUCAAGAGUGAGGCGCUGAACCAUCGGGGACAGAAUGACGACAGUUUUCUUCGACACUUGGCAGAGAAGACCAGCGCCAGCCAACAUCAUUAACGCCAAUGCCAGCCCUCUUGGUAGAAGUGCCAGCCUUAGACGGGUGUUACCCAAUCUAGGAUCAGUUUGACCAUGUACUGUGGCUUGGCUACAACUACCCAACAUGCCCUUUUUACUGACGAGUGCAUUAAAAAAAAGCAGGGUGAGUUUGGUGACCCUGUUUGGGUGAAAUAACUGUAGCACAGUGUGAUGCUGUCCCAGUGUGACGAUGAAUUGAAUUUGCAACCUAAGCAUUAUUUUAACCUAUGAAAGUCAUGGACGUGACAUUUCAUUCUUUCAUGCAAGCAGCACCGCUGUGCGGGCAGACACUACUCCGGUAUCAGUAGAGGCACUGGCCUGGUCUACAAAGUUUAAAACGAGUUAAAGAAAAACUUGAACGAAUCUGGGGAGCUAACCCCAAUCAGAUUACUUCAGGACAGCUCUGGAAAGGCAGAGUUACAAACUGAGUUUGUUUUUUCCCCCCCUCUCCUUAGUGUGUACUAAUGUCAAAAUGACUGACACGUUUCCUUAAAGCAUUAAAAAUACAACACUUUUGCUCCCAUCUCUCCUCGUGUUACAGCCCCAAGGAGUGUAAAACUUGCUGUCAAGCCUGAAAUGGAAAGACUCCUCCUGUACUUAUUUUACUACCGAAAAUUAUUUUAGAGGAUUUUUUUUGUAUAGGCAGACUCUAGUAUUUCAACAAAGCUGUGUAAUUUUUAUUUUUCAGUAGCUUUGCCCUUUGUCAUAUUCAAAUUCUU